UUACAACAUGAGGGGAUGGAGUGUGAUAAGUUGUUAACAAACAAAAACAUUGAUAAGAGUUGUGUGAAAAUGGGUUCUGAGGAUAACUUUACUUAUGCAAUGGAAUUGAUCCACGCCACAACAUUGUCCAUGGUGUUGGUUAAUACAGUCAAGCUCAAGGUACUAGAGACUAUAGCCAAGGAGGGACCGGAUGCCCGACUCUCUGGUCGGGAUAUUGCUUCUCGUUUAUCAAUCCCCAACCAAGAUGCCCCUGACAUGAUUGACCGGAUGCUUCGUUUGCUCGCAACCCACUCGAUUGUCACUUGCACCGAAGGGGUCCAUGAAUCUAAGCCUAUUCGAGUGUAUGGACUCACCCCCGUUAGUAAAUACUUCAUCCCGAACGAAGAGGGGAUAUCCUUAGGUCCCAUGGCGCAGUUGGUUCAAGAUAAAGUAUUUGUCGAUAGUUGGUUUGAACUUGAAGAUGCAGUACUUAAUGGAGGUGUUCCGUUUGACAAGGUUCAUGGAGCACAUUCAUUUGAAUAUCCAGCACUAGAUGCUAGGUUCAAUAAGGUUUUCAAUCAAGCUAUGUUGAAUCAUACCACUAUUUUAAUGAAGGAAAUUCUAGAGCAUUAUCGAGGUUUCGACAACCUUGAACGUGUGGUUGAUGUUGGAGGUGGUUUAGGACACACUCUUGCUAUGAUAAUAUCGAAACAUCCUAACAUUAAGGGUAUUAAUUUUGAUUUGCCACAUGUGACUCAACAUGCGCAGCUCUAUGAAGGGAUAGAUCAUGUUGGAGGAGACAUGUUUAAAGAGGUUCCUAAAGGUGACGCUAUUUUUAUGAAGUGGAUUUUACAUGAUUGGAGUGAUGACCAUUGCAUAAAGUUGCUAAAGAAUUGCUAUAAAGCUUUGCCAGAAAACGGAAAGGUUAUCAUCAUAGAGGCGAUUCUCCCUUUUCUACCGGACACAAGCUCUAGUGUCAAAGUCAAUACCCACAUGGAUGUCUUCAUGAUGACGGUAAACACAGGGGGAAAAGAGCGCACUGAGGAUGAGUUUCUUGCAUUAGCUAAAAGUGCUGGAUUCAAGGGGAUUAAAAAGGAAUGUUUUCUUUGCAACUUUUGGGUUAUGGAAUUUUACAAGUAGAUAUAUAUCUAGUUUAUAACUUUAUAUACUCUAUGUCUCAACAAUAGUUCUUAUUUCGUUGUUGUAUUAAGGGGACCUAAAAAUCCAUGAUUAUAUCCACUUAAAAGUUUUAAAAGAUGGUUAUGGCACAGUAAUGAUAAAGAAAUUAAUGAAAA